UGGUGUAUUUUUUUAUUAUAGAUGUUAAUCAAUUGUUUUGGAUUAAAAUAAUAACUUUCUUAUUGUAAACAGCCAUCUAAAAAACGUACAUAAUUUUGUUAUACUACAAUAAAGAUAUAUAUUUUUGGCCAGUUUUUUAAAAUUCUGACACCACUGUGGUGUCAGCGCCGAUUAACUGUAUCGACUGACUCACAUUUAGACUCCAAUCUAUUUGUUGACUCAUUGUCAAAGUCGACAGUCGCGAUUAGUAAACGAAUCGAGUUGGAAGUCUUUCUAAUCUAGAUUUUAGCAAUUAAUAGUUUUCGCGCUUAAUCAUUUUACAUUAUAAUCAUAAUAUUAGAAUGAGUGAUCUUAGUAAUAUAAUUAGUGAAUACGAAGAAUCGAAGGAGUGCCGCGACGAGAAAUUAAUUCAAACUGUGAAAGCUAUUCCAGCGCUGUGGGAUUCACGUGUCUCCCUAUAUAAAAGGACAAAGACAAAAAAAAACUGCUGUGGGAACAAGUGGAAAACGCGAUGGAAGGUUUGUAUAAAUAUUCAAAUAUUACAUUUAUUGAAUACUUUAAUUAUUUAAAACAUAUUACACGAUGCAAAGUUGCAAAGUGUAUUUUAAGAUUUUGUUUAUUAUUAUAGGUUCAAUAACGGCGGAGGAGGCCAGCAAACGCUGGAAAUAUCUUAAGGAUUGUUACACGAGAUACAAAAGGGAAUCAAGUUUCCCACGGCGGCCGAAGGAAUUCAGAUUUUCGGAAAUGAUGAGCUUCCUUGAAGCAACGGAUACAUCUGAUUCAUUCAGUGAUAUAUCGGAAGAAAACUCAUAUUUGCGGCCAAACGAUAAGAAUCUCGACAGACCAAGAACUUCGACACCGAACAAAACAGCGACACAUGAUUCGUCGAAAGAUGAUCCACUUGGUUUGGUCCACUUUGCAAAUCUCAUAAUUGAAGGGAUGGAAAAUCUAUCGAAUAGAAGGUGUAGAAAAUUACAGAUAAAAAUAUUGCAGCUUCUGGCCGAAGAAGAAGAGCAAGAAAAGGAAGAAGAUUAAAAAACAGCGGGAUAAUAAAGAUAUUAAUUCUAUAGCACGUUAAAUAAUGAUUGAUUUUGUAAUAACUAUAAUUGCCAAAAAUAAUUUUAUUUAUAAUUUAGUUUCAAAUUGUCAUUUUUAAUUUUAAUAUAUUAUAAUUUAUAAUAUUAUAAUUAUAUUAUAA